AUGGCGUCGUCCUACUUUAAGAUAUUGGACGUCACAUACAAAUGUGAAAAAGAGUGCCCAUGUCGUCCAGAAAACAAGCUGACCUCUGCUCUUAAGCUCCCCACUGAGCAACCAACUGCUCAAUCCACGGCACAAAAAAAAGUGCGCUUCACUGUUGUCCCUGUCACCGAAUCUACAACCUUCAUGUCAGGAAGUCCAAUCAGAUCCGGGUGGUUUUGA